AUGCAUCUGCCUCUCAUCCUUGAGCUCAGUACUGCCCUACUGUCCAUUCUCCUCGUCUUCUUCUUCCGUUCGUCCAACAUCUUCUUCAAACUGCCUGCCAAUCUGAGCUUUCAAGUGCCUGUCAACCUCACUUCAGACUACGGCAGGAUAAUCCAUGGCUCCCCAGCUGCGGUCCUCAAGCCAAGCAGCCCAGAUGACAUCUCCCUUCUCCUUAAGUCCAUCUACUCCUCUCCACUCCACAACGACGUAACAGUAGCUGCCAGAGGCACCGGCCACUCGACGCACGGCCAAGCGCUGGCCCCCGGCGGUUUUGUCAUCGACAUGCGGAGCCUGCCACUCUCCAUCACGAUCGUCGACGGCGAUGGCACCUCCUACGUCGAUGCCGGAGGGGGAGCCUUGUGGAUUGAUGUGCUGAACGAGACCUUGAGGCAUGGCCUUUCACCGAGAUCGUGGACGGAUUACUUGUACCUCACCGUGGGCGGAACUCUCUCGGUCGGCGGUAUCAGUGGCCAAACAUUCAAGCAAGGGCCUCAGAUAUCCAAUGUCGUGGAAAUGGACGUCGUCACAGGUAAAGGCGAGAUUGUCCAGUGCUCUGAGCAGGAGAACUCAGACCUCUUCCAUGGAGUUCUGGGCGGGCUUGGGCAGCUGGGCAUCAUAACAAGAGCCAGGAUCAAGUUACGGCCUGCUCCUCCAAUGGUGGCAUGGAUCAGAGUAAAGCACCACGACUUCGACCAGUUCACGAGGCACGGAGAACUCGUCGUCAACUCGGGGGAGGUGGACUACCUCGAGGGGUUCAUCAAGUUCGGUGACGCACCUCAAUCUCACCAGCCCAAAAACGCCUUCUCGCGCUUCGGUGCGGAGAGAUGCGUCAAACCGAGACAGCCGACAGCGUACUACCUGCUCGAGAUGGCCAUUUACUAUGAUGAUGAUGAUGUUAGCGACGCCGCGAAGAAACGGGCGAAGGUGUUGGCCCGAGUAAGCUCCAUGACGUCCGUCGAGAUCCUCGAGGUCUCGUACUUGGACUUCCUGAACCGCGUUAGGGAAGAGGAGCUAAGCCUAAGGAGAAUGGGGCUGUGGGAUGUGCCUCACCCAUGGAUGAACCUGUUCGUGCCGAGGUCUCAGAUCCGGAGGUUCCACGAUCUCUUCCUUCGAACCAUGUCAGACUCCUGUGUUAAUGGCCCCAUCAUCAUGUAUCCCACACUGAGACACCAAUGGAAUCUCAACACGUCGAUCGUCGUACCGCAAGAUGAGGCAGGAGAGGAUGUGUUCUACGUGGUUAGUGUGCUCCGAGCGGCGCCGCCGACAUGCACCGUUGGAUCUUCGUGCCUCGACGGUCUCAUGCAGCAAAAUGAACAGAUGAUACGCAUGGCCACCGCGAGAGGGAGCUCCCAUGGGGGUGGGGGGAUGGGAGCGAAGCAGUACAUGCCGUACCUGCAAUGUGAGGAGGAGUGGAGGGAGCAUUUUGGCCAGAAGUGGAAGAGGUUCGAGGAGUUGAAGUCCAAGUUCGAUCCUUUGAACGUGUUGGCGCCCGGACAGAGGAUCUUUAAGAGGAGGAAGCCGCUGAAAGCUUCUGCUGAAGCAGGAGAGCUGAAGUCACCAUUUCUACCGUCCAAGCAACCAUCCGAUCUGACCGUGUUGUUGUUGUUCUUAUUUGGACGCGAAUAAUUGAAUGAAAGUUGACUUGCGAUCGA